UUGAAAAUCCGAGAAGAUUUUGCGUAAUUAAUAAAUACGCUAUUUUAAAUUAAAUUUCCUAUUUAGAAUAUUAUGCAAGAAAACCUGUAAAAAUGUCGAAAGUUAUAAAUACUAGUGGUAUGAAACCUGGUUCAAUUUACCGGAUAGCACUUGAAAACUUCGUGACUUAUAAGCAGGUGGAACUUUAUCCAGGCUCGGCGCUAAAUCUUAUUAUUGGCCCGAAUGGAACUGGAAAGUCGACGUUUGUGUGUGCAAUCAUAUUAGGCUUAUGCGGCAAGACAAAUGUUAUUGGGAGAGCUAAGAAGGUAUCGGAAUAUGUCAGAAAUGGAUGUGAACAAGCUACAAUCGAAAUAGAACUGUAUCAGCAACCAGGAGAGAGAAAUGUUAUAAUAACCCGUAGCUUCAACUUGAGAGAUGUCUCUACUUGGAGUAUUAAUCACAAGAGUGCCCGAGAGCAUCAAGUACAAGAACUUAUUAAUAAAUUGAAUAUUCAGGUUGAUAAUCUCUGUCAGCUAUUGCCGCAAGACCGUGUACAAGACUUCUCGAAGAUGGAUCCUCAACAACUGCUCCGAAGUACCUUGGCUGCAGUUGGUGGUCAAGAUAGCGUGGCACAGUUGGAUGAACUUAUUGCCACAAAGAACAAUCAAAGAGGCUUAUCUACGAAGCUACAGAACAAUGCCCAGUUGUUGCAGGAACAGGUCAGGCUUAAUGAAAGAUUGAAAGUCAUCAUAGAUGCAAUGAAUCAAAGGAAAGAGAUACAAAAGGAAAUUGACAUUUGUGAGAAGAAAAAGUUGUGGAUAGAAUAUCAGGAUUUGAGAGAAAAAGUUGUUGAAUACUCAAAUGAUAAAAAGGAGGCUGCAAAAUUGAUAACAUCACAUAAAACCAAGAUGGAGCCACUAGAGAAAGUAAUAGAUAAAGCAAAAAUGGGAAUAGGUAAAUUAGAACAACAGAAACUUAAAUCUAGUAGAGAAACUCAUAUUCUGAAAGACAAAGUGAAAGAAAUGACGGACAGCGUUAUGGCGCAAGAGUACAAAAUAAGAGAAAUCGACUCUUCGUAUCAAGCCAAGUUGGAGAAGCACCGAAAUCGCGAGAGAGAGAUUGUGGAGGCCAAAACCAAAUUGGAAAAGCUUAUAUCGGACAAACGCAGAGCUGAAGAAAAUGUUGGUGACAGCAAUAAAGUUAAGAUGGAGCUAGCUGAGUUACACAAACCCAUAGCUAAGACUAACGCCGCGCUCGAGACUCUUAAGAAACAGAAGUUGGAGGUUCAGUAUGAUCUGGAGAAUAAUAUCACACCGCAAAUACGGCUUUACCAAAACAAAAUUCGCAAACUCGAGGAUGUUCGUGAGAAGCGUUUAGAGUCCCUCCGGCUGUACAGCGAUGACACUUACCGAGCGGUCACUUGGCUAAGAGAAAACCGUCAUCUGUUCAACGGUCCCGUCUACGAGCCUAUGAUGUUGGAGAUCAACUUCACUGACCCGAAGUUCGCGAGAUACUUGGAGUCAACCAUCGCGGCGCGUGACCUGGUCGCGUUUACCUUCGAGUCCAGUCAGGACAUGAAUCUGUUCCUCAGGAAGGUGCGCACUGAGGGUGGUCUGAAGCGGGUGAACGCGAUAUGCAGCCAGGGUGGCGAGCUCAACAUACAGAGAGGAGAUAUUAACCAGCUCAGCUACCUCGGCUUCUACACUUACCUCGUGGAUACGAUAUCUGCUCCAGACGCGAUUAUUCGCUACCUCUGCUCUCAGUACAGGAUACACAAGAUACCCAUCGGCAACGACCAUACAUACAAGAACAGCGGGAAAGUGCCCGCUAAUAUCACUUACUUCUUCACAGAGAAUCACAGAUUCACAGUGCGAGUGUCGGCUUACAGCGGUGUUUCGUCGAGUUCGACGAUAGAAAUAAGACCGGCGAGACUACUCGCUAAUACUGUUGACGUUGAAAAAAUUACGGACCUUAAUAAUCAACGCAUGAAAUUCGAGCAAGCAGCCCAGUCUCAUAGGGCGAAGAUGCAGGACAUAGACAACAAACUACAAGUGCUAGAAGUAAAUCUCAAUGAUCUGAACAUGAGAAGAAAACGCAUCAACGAGGGCGUAGAAAUGCUAAAAACUAUCGAGGCUCAAAUUCGUCUGCAAACGCGAAAAGUAGAGGAGAUCCAACAAGAGCCUACACUGAAUAUUGAACAGGAGAAAGAGAUGUGCAAGAGAAAGCAUAAGGAGUGCGUUUUAAAACAGUGUAAGAUGCACCAAGAGCUAAAAGGCAUUAUGAGGAGUUUACAAGACAAAACGCUUGACAAGGAAAUAUGUUCGGUGAAACUGGAUAUUAGUAGGAAUGCAAUAGUGCAACAGGAGUCACAACUACGAGAACUCAAAAAUGAAUUACGUAAUGUUGAGGCCACACUGGAGAACAUCGAGAAUCUUCUAACGCGAGCCAAGUCGAACGCCAAAGAGAAGCUGCUAGAGGCGAAGCGGUGCUGCGACAACAAGCUGCCCCACGACCCGCAGUUCCCCUACCGCGAGCAGUUCGACAAGCUGCCGGCGGAGCUCGCGCAGCUGCAGCAGCACUGCAUCGAGCUGCAGACCAGGAUCGAGUGCAUGGACCCCGCUGAUGACAGGGCUGUGAAAGAGUACGAGGAGCGCGAGCAGACUAUAGCCCGGCUCAAGAGCGAUGUCAACAGCUCCAGUGACAACAACAGAAUACUGGAAGAGAAGAUGGAACGUCUCCGACGAAAAUGGCUGCCACCACUCGAAGAGCUAAUACGGAACAUCGACAGGAGUUUUGGCAGCAUGUUCGAGAAACUCGGCUGUGCGGGGGAAGUCAAACUCGAUAAAGCCGGUGGUGAUGACGACUACGACAAAUACGGCAUCGGGCUGCUAGUGAAGUUCCGCGCGGGCGAGCAGCUGGCGCAGCUGACUCGCCACGCCCAGUCCGGCGGCGAGCGAGCGCUGGCCACCGCCAUGUAUCUGAUGGCGUUGCAGCGGCUAGCCAGCGUGCCCUUCAGAUUAGUAGACGAGAUCAACCAAGGCAUGGAUCCAAUAAACGAGAGAAAAAUGUUCGAACUACUCGUGAAAGUUACUACAGAGAACGAAAACUCGCAAUAUUUCCUACUAACACCCAAGCUGCUAGCGAACUUGGAAUACAACGAAAAGAUUAUGGUGCACACCGUCAUGAAUGGAAGACAGAUUAUGAACUACAAGAAGUGGGAUUGCCAAAAGUUUCUGGAAAACGCUCGCUCGUAUAGAAUGUAGUAUAAUAUUAAUUAUUAUGUUAGUAACACAUUUGUGUAAACAUCACAUUAUUUUUUUUACUUAUAUUUUAAAACCGAAAGUAUUAUUAUAGACUAAUGGCGUUAAUUUGCAGCGUGUCAUCAACGCAAUGGUUAACGACACUUUUGGUUAAUUUGGGAGAAACCACUAUAUAAGUUACAAAAUUUCAUAUUGCUUGAAAAAUGUUUAUGAAUUCUGUGGCUGGUUUUCAUUCACAAAGGUUUAAGUUUGUGACAUCUGGCAAAUUAAUUAAAACAGUUGUGACAUAUUGAGGCUUAUUUUGUAAGUUAUUUGAAGGAGUAAAAAACGCUGGCACCUAUCAAUAUACCGCAAAAACACCUGCAAAACGCGCAUGUCACUGGUUAGUUUGAUAUUUUACUUUUAAGAGACAAUAAUUGAACAUUAGGGUGCGCCCCAGACUAGCAGCCUCGUUUUGGAUCGCUUGGAAAUUGGAAAUCAUAAGACGUAGGUUACACGAUCAGUUUCUCAUCAAUCUGGUAAAGAUUGACGGAAAACUGAUCGUCUAACCGACGGAUCGAUGGACUGGUAAUUUUUUUAAUACAUAAUAUUAUAUUGUACGUAGGUUACACGAUCAAUCUGGUUGAUGGUUCUAAAAAGUACAUAUAAAAAAUAAUCAGUCCAUCAAUCCGUGGGUUAGACGAUCAGUUUUCCGUCAAUUGAUAGAUGACAGAUUGAUCGUGUAACUACGUAUAUCACUUCACAAAUGUCACGGUUAAAAUCACUUCCAAUCUGAACGCACCCUAAUAUUUAAAUUCUUUCGUUGUGUAACACGAGUAAGUUGAACGUAUUUUCUAAACAUUAUUUUACCUUUGGUAGACAUUAAGUCUUGUGAUUUUAUAGAAUCUAUUUUUGGAAUUCGGUACUGAGCUGUGGCCAUCAUGGUAUUUUUAAAUGCUUUAAUCUUUUGUGAUUAAAAUGUGAAUGUUUUUGUUGUCGUUACUUAUUACUAUUUAUAUUGUGUUUUGUUUGUUCAGUACUAGGUAUUUGGGUUUUUCUUACUUUGGAGUCAGCAAAAUGACAUUCUUUGUGCACAUAAUAUAAUCUUUUUUGUAUGCUAUAAAAAGAGGACUGAGUUAUGUUCA